AAAAAUAAAAGACAAUUGAGAAGAAAAUAAAAGUAUUAAUCAUCGAUUCAUCGUCGUCCCAAGUUAGAAUAGUACGAAGUAUAAACAACAUAAUAAUAAUAGUGGAAAUGGCAUCGCAUCUCAAAUGUAUCGCCACCACUGCCUAUAAAUUCAACCAACCUUCUUCUUUCUCUCUCCUCUAUAAACCUUCUCUCUUUCUUUCUCUUCACAACCCCAAAUCUCUGUCUUCCUUUUCUCUCUCCUCUUCUUCUUCUUCUUCUUCUUCUUCUUCUUCUUCUUCUUCUUCUGCUCGAUCUUUCGCCACCUCAACCAUGGGUGACGUACUUGCUGAUUCCACCAUGGAUGCUGUUCAAAGACGACUCAUGUUUGAGGAUGAAUGUAUUUUGGUGGAUGAGAGUGACAACGUUAUUGGUCAUGAUAGCAAGUACAACUGUCACUUGAUGGAGACUAUUAAUGCAGGGAAGGCACUUCACAGAGCUUUCAGUGUAUUUCUGUUCAAUUCAAAAUACGAAUUACUGCUUCAGCAACGUUCCGCGACAAAGGUGACUUUCCCUCUAGUGUGGACCAACACUUGCUGUAGUCAUCCCUUGUAUCGUGAGUCAGAGCUGAUGAAAGAGGAUGUUCUUGGUGUGAGGAAUGCUGCUCAGAGGAAGCUUUUGGACGAGCUCGGUAUUCCAGCUGAAGAUGUGCCAGUUGAUCAAUUUACUCCGCUUGGACGUAUGUUGUACAAAGCCCCAUCAGAUGGAAAAUGGGGAGAGCACGAACUUGAUUACUUGCUAUUCAUAGUAAGAGAUGUCACAGUGAAACCUAAUCCUGAUGAAGUUGCUGAUGCCAAGUAUGUCAGUCGAGAAGAUCUCAAGGAGAUUUUCCGGAAAGCUGAUGCAGGUGAGGAAGGUGUGACUCUUUCCCCCUGGUUCAGGCUGGUCGUUGACAACUUCUUGUACAAAUGGUGGGAUCAUGUCGAGAAAGGCACUCUCAAUGAAGCCGUUGAUAUGGAAACUAUUCACAAGCUUAUAGAAUGAUUUCUAGCUAGCUAAGAUAAUAUUAGCAGUUGCAUUGGGUAGUUUGUCCCAUAGUUGAAUUGUCCUGUUUACAGCAAGAAUAGCUUGUUUAUUGUUUGAGCUUGUAAUUUCUCUUAAACUUUGUCUGAAUCUUCUGAUAUUGUAAUUUGGGAGUGGAUGUAUACUCGGUUUUGAGAUUUUAAGAUGUUAUAAUUCGUGUUUUUAAGGCAGUAGAUAUGGUUUGGCAUUCAACUGGCUGCUUUUAUGGCA